CCGCCUCGCGUAUGUUUCCUUCUUCACCUCUUGCACGUUCCCCAGUCUUGUCUUCCUCUCGACCAUCGACAUCCUCCUCCAACCCUUCUCCAGUUAUUUUCAAGCGUCAGGUGUAGUCAAAAUCCGCUUCCCCUGUCAUGUCGCAGCCACCCCGACCCGUCGCUUCUUCUGUCCCUUACAACCCUCGCAACCGUAGAACGCCUGCGGGGUCCGUACUUGUGCCCAUGACACCUCAAGAGAUCGAGAUGUAUAAGCACUACCGUGGCAUUGGCACUCAGAGCCUCCUUGCAAAGCGUAAACGAAGUCGUAGCACAUCUCCAGAUGAUCCCCUCUGUUCGUGCCGCCAAGCGCCACGCUGGAGACGUCGGAAGGGUAGUUCGAACACUGUAAGUCUGCAUCCUAUACAUCAGUCUACACAUAUUACUCGGUCCAUGGCACUAGUUUUCCGUUACUCAUGCUUAAAACAAUGUGCAGACAACUUGCGUCCGGAAGUUGGUGUCAAGCAGCGCCUGAGAUCGCCGAUCAUCGGGCUGAAGAAUUUCAAUAACUGGGUAAAGUCUGUGCUCAUUACCCGUUUCGCUCACCCGGUCCUCGCUACUUCUACCACUAAAUCCAUUGACGGGCCGAGUGGAGGGCGUGGCAAAGUACUUGACAUGGGAUGUGGAAAAGGAGGUGAUCUCGUCAAGUGGGAGAAAGCCCGUAUCCGGGAAUUGAUUGGUGUGGACAUCGCCGAUGUUUCUAUUGAGCAGGCUCGUGACCGCUGGAAAGGCAUGCGUCCUCCUCGUUUUACAGCAUCCUUUGCUGCGCUGGACUGCUAUACGGAAUCGCUCUCUAAAGCAUUUCCGCCAGAGAAACUUGCUCAACCCUUUGACGUCGUGUCUAUGCAGUUUUGUAUGCACUACGCAUUUGAAACUGCCGAAAAGGCACGGUGUAUGCUGCAGAAUAUUAGUCAAUGGCUACGAAAAGGGGGGGUUUUUCUUGGCACAAUUCCCAACGCCGACUACCUCUUAGAACGCCUAGAUAGCCUCCCAUCCUCAGCAACGGACCUAUCGUUCGGUAACUCAGUAUAUAAAAUUCGAUUUGAGGACCGACGGUCGAGACGGUUGUUCGGUCAUCGGUAUUAUUUCUGGCUUCAAGACGCGGUGGAUGACGUGCCAGAGUACAUUGUAUGCUGGGAUAAAUUCGUCGAACUCGCUGCCGAAUAUGCCUUGUACCCGAUCUACAAGGAGGAGUUCCACCAGAUCUUCGCUGAGCACCGAGAUGAAGAGGAGUUCAAAUCGCUAAUGUUGCGUAUGAAGGUUGUUGAUGCCAAUGGUGAGAGCGCGAUGGAUGAAGAGCAAUGGGAAGCUGCCAAUAUUUAUAUUGGGUUUGCAUUUGAAAAGGGAAUGAUCGGCCGGCGUUCGUUCGUUUCAUCACAUCCUGCAAUAUAUAAGCAUCCUUAACAGUAUGGCCGUAGCUACAACAAGUAACAGUGAAGGGUAAAUGGCCUGGAAUUCCGCAGCUCUGGGAAAAAAAAUGUAGGUAAUAGCAGUAUAGCUUGGUACUGAACAGAAAGAAGCAGAAGGA